AGCCGGUGAAAAGAGUAGUCGAACGAGUCAUUAGUCGACCUAUUACCGAAAACAUUGUGGCUCCUUAUAUCAUUCGGGAAACUGAAGCAGAAAGGAAAACUCGAAACCUCAACAAUGAGAUUUCUGGUCUGCGUCUAGAUAUGGAUAAUUUCCAAACUAAUAUGCAAGAAUUACUAGAAAGAAGGUCGGAAAUAGGGACAACUAUUUUUGAAGAACAACAACAGCAAUUAGAGACGCAAAUGGCGGAAACCCAAACUCGCCUAAACGAGUUACAAGCUCGCUACAAUGCUAUUCCGGAAGAAGUUCGACGUUCGAACAAAAGGAAAAAGAUGCAAGAGCAAGUGAAGGUUCUAAAUACGGAACUGCAAGUGCAAAAAGUUGAACAAGCCCUUGAGCAAAUUCGUCAAGAAAAAGAGUUGGUUGCUGUUGGCAAACAAACGAAGAAAAUUUCCCCUCUUUAG